GGUGGGGUUCAGGGCCAGUGGCCAAGAGGGGGAAAAGAGAGGCCUUCCGGAAUCCUUAGUCCAGGCCCAUGUGCACAGGUUGCUGGCUUCUUUUUCCAGAUCUUCACAGUUUGGGGAACUUGGCUACUUGGCUCAGCCUCCCUUCACAAAAGACAGACUGGUCCUGAGGCCCUUGGGAACGGGUCACUACAGGUCAAAUCGCCACCUUCUCCCAAGCUCUGAUCACUGCUCCGUGGAAGGUCUGGGUCAGCCAGAUCCCCCAGCUUGGACAUGGCACCAGACACCCGCUGUUGCUCUCGUGUGGCCCUGCAGAGAAGGCUGCCCAUCCUGGCCUGGCUGCCUGCCUACUCUCUGCACUGGCUGAGGAUGGACUUUAUUGCUGGACUCUCUGUGGGACUGACGGUCAUCCCCCAGGCGCUGGCCUAUGCAGAAGUGGCUGGACUCCCACCCCAGUACGGCCUCUACUCUGCCUUCACGGGAUGCUUCGUGUAUCUCUUCCUGGGCACCUCCCGGGACGUGACUCUGGGCCCCACGGCUGUCAUGUCCCUCCUGGUGUCCUUGUACACUUUCCGUGAACCUGCCUAUGCCGUGCUGCUUGCCUUCCUGUCUGGGUGUGUCCAGCUGGCUAUGGGGCUCCUGCACUUGGGGUUCCUGCUGGACUUCAUCUCCUGCCCCGUCAUUAAAGGCUUCACUUCCGCUGCCACCAUCACCAUUGGCUUUGGACAGAUCAAGAACCUCCUAGGCCUGCGGAACAUCCCCCGGCAGUUCUUCCUGCAAGUGUAUCACACCUUCCUCCACAUCGGAGAGACCAGGGUGGGCGACGCCGUCCUGGGGCUGGCCUGUGUGGUGCUGCUGCUGGUGCUGAAGGUGACGCACAAGCACACGCCUCCUCCCCAUCCUGAGACGCCCUUUGGCGUGAAGUUCAGUCGUGGGCUGGUGUGGACUGUCACAACAGCUCGCAACGCCCUGGUGGUCUCCUCUGCGGCCCUGAUUGCAUACUCCUUUGAGGUGACAGGACACCAUCCUUUUGUUCUGACUGGAAAGAUAGCUGAGGGGCUCCCUCCGGUGCAGACCCCACCCUUUUCAGUGACCACAGACAACAAGACCAUCUCAUUCUCUCAGAUGGUGCAGGACAUGGGGCCCGGACUGGCCGUGGUGCCUCUGAUGGGCCUCCUGGAGAGCAUCGCUGUGGCCAAAUCCUUCGCUUCGCAGAAUAACUACCGCAUUGAUGCCAACCAAGAGCUGCUGGCCAUCGGCCUCACCAACGUGCUGGGCUCCUUCGUCUCAUCUUACCCCGUCACCGGCAGCUUUGGGCGGACAGCUGUGAAUGCUCAAUCUGGGGUGUGUACCCCGGCAGGGGGCCUGGUGACUGGCGUGCUUGUGUUGCUGUCUCUGGACUACUUGACCUCGCUCUUCUACUAUAUCCCCAAGUCUGCCCUGGCUGCCGUCAUCAUAACGGCCGUGGCCCCGCUCUUCGACGUCGCGAUCUUCAGGAGGCUCUGGCGCAUUAAAAGGCUGGAUCUGCUGCCACUCUGUGUGACCUUCCUGCUGUCCUUCUGGGAGAUCCAGUACGGCAUCCUGGCCGGGACCCUGGUGUCUCUGCUCCUUCUCCUGCACUCUGUCGCUCGGCCCAAGACCCAGGUGUCAGAGGGACAGAUUCUUGUUCUGCAGCCGGCCAGCGGCCUGCACUUCCCUGCAAUUGAUGCCCUUCGAGAGGCCAUACUGAACCGGGCACUGGAAGCAUCCCCAGCACGCCACACGGUCCUGGAGUGCACGCAUGUCAGCAGCAUAGACUACACUGUGGUUGCGGGGCUCGGCGAACUCCUGGAGGACUUCCAGCAGCGAGGUGUCUCACUGGCCUUCGUUGGCCUGCAGGUGCCCGUGCUCCGCACACUGCUCGCCGCUGACCUCAAGGGCUUCCGGUACUUCUCCACUCUGGAUGAGGCCGAGAAGUUCCUGCAGCAGGGGCCAGGGACCGAGGCCUACAACGUCCACGAAGACUCGGUUCCAGAGCACAAGGUCUCCCCGCUGAUGUCUUAG